AUGUUCGAUUUCACACAAACACUCGUCAACGACUUAUCCCAACUCCUAGAAUAUGCAGAUGACUACGACAUACUUUUAUGCAUUGGUGACAAAGAAGAAAUGAAGACAUCGUCAGAAUCUUAUGCAGUAUUUUAUGCGCAUUCUUUUCUUUUGCGCGCACGAAAUCCUUAUUUUCAACGAGCGUUAUCGAAAGAAUGGGCACAUAGGGAAGAAAACGGGAUGAUGAUUUUCAAAAAAACUAACAUCAUGCCGAAUAUUUUUGAGAUUUUGUUAAAGUUUUUAUACACGAGCACCAUAAUAAACCUAGAGGACCUAAAAAGCCCAGAAAUAAUGAAUCUACUACAUGCAUCCGAUGAACUCCAAAUUCAAGAAAUAUUUCAAUACUGCCAAACUUUCCUACUCGAAAACCGUGAGACAUGGCUUCAACAAAACUUACUCAAAGUAUCGAAAAUGUUUUCAAAUAACAAACGAUUCACCGAGCUAUACGAUAAAAUGUUUUACAUUGAACCAGAAAGAAUUUUGACAUGUCCGGAGAUAGAGGUAUUGGAAGAACGUGAACUGAUUUCGCUUCUUAGACGAGGAGACGUUCUUGAAUUGAAGCAAGUAGAAAUUUGGAAUUCUAUGAUAAGAUGGGGCAUUUCGAAAACUGGGCAAUUGAAAAGUACUGAUAUUGCUGAAUGGACUACAGAAAAUUUUUGCGAAUUGAAGAAAACGCUUAAAAACUGUCUUUCGUUAAUUGAAUAUUUUAAAAUUUCAAAAGAUGAAUACGUUUUCAAGGUUGUUCCUUUUGAACAGGUUCUACCACAAAAACUUAAAAAGCAACUUAAAGAAUUCCAUUUAAAUCAAGUGACGAAAUUAUUACCAUUUGAGAAUCUUCGGUUUCAAACAAUAUUGAGAUCACAAGAAGCCCAUCUCAUUUCAUACUGGAUGAAUAAAAAAGAAACAAUUUCGUUUGAUAAGAAUUCACAAUCUCAACUAAUAGAACAUCGAUUCAAUCUCAUAUUUAAGGCAAAUAGAGACGGCUUCGCCACUUCAAGAUUCCUUCAGAAAUGCGUCAACAUUUACCCAACAAUAGCACUGAUUAAAAUCCGCGGAUCCGAAAGAAUAAUCGGUGGCUACAAUCCCACUUACUGGGCCGAAGGACCCUUCUAUUCAAAAAUACAACAAACACCAAACUGGAAUUGGAAAGAAUCGCUGUUCAAUCGUCGGAAAUCCGAAGACAAAAGCAAUAUUUCCUAUCAAGAGAACUACUCUCUCGAACGUUACGUCUCGAAAGACAGUUUUCUCUUUUCUUUUCCCGAAGAUUCCACAAACAUUAUUCAGGAUUCGGUCAUUUCGCAUUACGUCGAUGACGAUUUUUGGGUGUUUGCGGAUUACGACGAGGAUACUUUGUAUGGAAUAAGAUUUGGCAAUGAUUUGUUUUUACCAGUGUAA